UUUAAACUCGACACCAACAUGAAAAUAAAUGAAAACACAAAACUUGUCUCAGGAAAAGUUGUUUUAGUUCCGUAUGAAAAGAAACAUGUUUUGAAGUACCAUGAGUGGAUGAAGUCCGAGGAGUUACAACAACUGACAGCAUCCGAGCCCCUUACACUGGAAGAGGAGUAUAGCAUGCAGGAGUCCUGGAGAAAUGAUGAUAAUAAAUGCACCUUUAUUGUCCUUGACAAGAAGCGAUAUGACCAUACAGAGGCAUCAGAGAUAGACAGUAUGGUUGGUGAUGUGAACCUAUUUUUCAAUGAUGAGGUGGACAAAUCAACAGCAGAAAUUGAAAUCAUGAUUGCAGAUCCAUCUGCAAGGGGCCAAGGAAUUGGGAAAGAAGCAUUGUUUUGUAUGAUGGUGUAUGGGUUUGAGGAACUGUCAGUGCGCUGUUAUACAGCUAAGAUAGGCUAUGACAACCACACCAGUGCAACUAUGUUCACCAAGAUCGGGUUUAAAGAGAUACAGAAAAGUGAUGUAUUUCGAGAAACCACUUAUGAGCUGAGAGUUACAGACGAUGUGAUUGCUGGUAUUCUUCAAGGCUCACAACUCUAUAAAGAAGAAAGAUAUGAAAAAAGAUGACAUCAUAUUGAGAAGCCAUAAGAUAUUAAAAGAUAAAAAUGAAUGCCAUAAUGCAUGCAGGGUCCAAAGAGUCAGGUGGCAACGUUCUUCAAUUCUGAUUAAGUUUCUCCUGGAUUGUUCAUUUCCAAUUCAAAGUAAUAGAACUGUCCUAUUUUUGAGUCAUAUUCACAUUCCUUAUGGUUAUAGGCCAAGAAAAUGGCUUGAAACUAUUUAAACUGCAUAGUUACAUGGUUGGAAAGACACAUUUACUUUUCUCAAAUUAUGCAACUUUCUGUCGUAUACAAGUAUGUUAAGACACAAAGCCCACAUAGAACUUAUAUCAAGAUAAAAAUACUUGUUGUGGGUUAAUCUGGCUGAUUUCUGAAAACAUUGAUGACAGUAACGUUCAAAAACUGAAGAGUCUGGCAUUUGGGAUCAUAACAGAUGAAGCACAGAUAUUAGUAGGGAGGAACCAACAUCUAAUAAUAAUAACAUUAAUAAUCUCGAUCAUGGAUGUCAUUGAUUAAACUUGUUUCAACAGACGCUAGUUUUGUAAACAAUGCACUUGUCAGCUAUCUAAGAGCUUGACGUGUCUGAAACUCACAGGUUAAGUACUGAUGGUGCUGCUGUCAUGGUUGGUAAAAACAACGGUAUUGCACAAAGUCUAAAAACAGAGAAUCAAUAUAAUUCUUGUCCAGCCUUGAAGCUGCAAAGUUGGUGAAAGAAGUAACCUUCUAUGAAAACAUUUUGCAUGCUCUUCACUCGUUCUAAAGUAGAUGUAGUAAAGCCUUUAGGACUUGAGCAUACAUGUACAUGAAUCUGGCAAGAUGUUUUGGAUGAUCCAAAAGUUAAGCCAUUUGCAGUUUAGGAGUAAGGUUGCUUAGCUUUUCAAACUUCAUGGCAAAUGUACACAAAGUUCCUGCUAGCAUCCCUGCAAAGCGACACCCAUUAUCCUUUCGAAUACCGCUACCGUACAUCAACGCGCUACCGUAGCCGCCUAAUGCAGACCAAUUUUUCAAGGGUGCUGGUUACCGCUACUGUUUUACUGUAGGAAUACUGUAGACGACUGAAACGUACCGAAAAAGUAGGUACGUCCAGUUCCACAGCCGCAAAAUGCACAUUUUCCACAAAUUUAUGGUACGUUUUUCAUUAAAAGAAGAAGAAUUGUGAAUUUUAAAAACAGUAUUAGUACGCUAUGGUACUUUGUCUUAGAAACAGUUACUACACUAUGGAAUUUCUUUCAAAUAUAAUAACCAUGCAAAAAUAAGCAACGGUAUUUCUUUAAAAAUCGUCAUUCAACAUUAUUCGCCUCUGGCUUUUGUAAAUUGGCUUUAAUAAAACAGCAUGCUUAUGGUUUUCCUCUUGUAUCAGGAGUACACUGUGGUAUCACUGUUAAAUUUAAGAAAUGAGCAAAACUGCACAGUGGUAUUACUGUGAUAUUUGUUUUACGGACUGUGUGUUAACUUCGAUAAGGUAGACAUUUCAUGUUUGAAUCAAACUAAAUCAGUCACUUAAGUGCACUUUGGUAGCGUUCUUGAAUCCAGAAGUAUGCAAAACUACGCAGCGGUAUUUCCUGUAUAAACAUAAUACAUAAUCAACAUAACAAAACCCAUUUCAAAGGCGACGUUGCCUUUGAAUGUCAUUUAACGCUAGUUACGCUUUUUUCCUGUUGAAAUAUAUGCUAUAACUUUCUUAUACAUCCAACCGGACAUCUAUUACGUGAUCGCUAUAAAGAUAUCAUGGAAACCAUAGUGACUGCAAAUAUAUCAACAGAACAUCCAAUACAAAAUAGCUGUCACAGUUGCCAUGAAAACCACUGCAAUAGACAAUAAACCAACCGGACAAAUAUCACAAGGUUACAUUGGAACCACAGUGACCCCUGUUAUGAAAGUUGUAUGGGAAAGGAGCAUGACUUAAUACAACAUGCAUCAAUACAUAUCUGUCGAUGAAGCAAUGAUCAAAUGUCACGAUCACCAUUCAAGAAUCGUUGGUGCUCCGUGUGUCAUGGGGUAUCUCAGGAAUUACCAGGCGUACUUAAUAUAAUUAUUUGCAAAAAGCUACAGAAACAUGCUCAGUAGCAAAAAGUUUAAACAUAAACCCGGUUUAGUGGCAAUGGGCAACACCAAAGACAUAGAACACAAAUUCACAGACAAGAAACAUAAGUCGAAAGAUAGAAGUAGGGUUGACUCAAACAGUUGUAGAGAACUGAAGAGAAAACAUCACAGGAUGAUCAUGUUGUAUUUGCCGACAAGUUUAAAACAUCAGUUCCUCUGGCGUUUGGAAAAAAUCUAUACAUUCGUGUCACGCAUUAAACACCGGAAGGACAUAUUGGUCAAUCGCAAAAUCAGUCCACGAAAAGAGAUGACAAAGUUAGGGUGCUCAGCAGAGGGGAACACAUGGCAUGAAAUAGUUCGGACCGGAAGCUUAUGUCCACUGCAUGGGAAUAAUCAAAACAUGUGUGCAACCCGAUGACAUGUUUCAAUCCUAUAAUAAAUAGCCGACAGAACAAGGUUUUGAUGGAAGAAGUAAAUGCAAAAGGAAAGUGGGAAAAACAUGCAUCAAAGUUAUUUUUUUAAUUAAAAAAGAACAUGGGUGUUGUAGACAGUCAACAUUUACAGUGUACCAACACCUAAUUUGGACCUAAUUUGUGUGGAUGCCGUGGACAUCUCGCUUGUGAUUCAUCAUGUAUAAAACGUCAACCCUCCGGCUACCUAUAAGCUGUUUGAGAGAAUGGUAAUACUUUUUUUACAGUAUAUUACCAACAUGCUGUAGAAUGUUAAAUAGUAACCAUAAUCAGGCUUAAUAACGUAUUGAUCGUUGCAAAUACCACCAAAAUGAAACAUGAUCAACAUCUUUUAAAAUCAAUCAGCUGUUUAAUGUUUUAUGUUUCUGUUUUUAGGUUGCAGAACAACUUAUCGGCGGGAAUAGCACACGUAUAAGGAAAUCAAAACAAACAAUCGACAUUUUUUAACUUGACCUCUUUGGCAAUGUGCAGUGCAGAGUCAGCUUGCACAAGUAUAAUUCUAAUGUUUAUAAAAUAAAACUCAAAUGAAAUGUUAUUUUAUUUAAAGGAAUGUUUUAUUUCGUAUCGUGGCAUUACCUCUAUGAAAGGCCGAAUAGAGGUCAAGUCAAACAAGACUAUGGCUCCAGAAACACAGAAGAAUGGAAAACAACAACUCAUGGUUGUAAAACAUUUUCAAUAAUAUACGUUUUUUUUAUAUAAUUGCAUUUUGAAAUGACCCUUAAAUCGAAACAAUGAACAGCCUCUGAAGUUCAUGAAAAUGCAUUAAAUUAUUUCUACUGUUUAAUGGCACAUCUUGAAUUUCAGAGUCUAGCACAAGAAAGCGCCAUUUAGAUCAAUCAUGUAUUAAAAUAAAUUUUCAAUAUAGUAUUGAUGAAAUAAUCAUAACAAAAUGUUGUUCAAUGUUUGUUUUAAUGUUGUUUUUUUUAUAGAAUUUAACAUUUCAUGCUUAAAAUGAGGACAUAUUUUACGAAAUUACACAUAUACAAUGCAAUUGUCGCUAACAAAGUGUCUUUAUAAAAAUAUUAAUCAAUAUGUGAUUUCUUUUUACAGACGGUCACCGAUGAUAUUGCAUUGCACCAGAAACUCCACUAGACACUGUUGCCGUUUCGUUAAUCGCAUGCUGUGAUUAUACUGGUGUUGUUUUCCGUGACAAAUCUUGCGAUAUUUUUAGCAAUAUGAUAGUUAGUCAAAUACUUUGAUUUAUGCUUUGGUCUAUGUUUUUCUAUUAUAUAAUUAUGUACAUGUGUUCUUUGUUGAUAGGAGAAAAAUUAUUAUCAUUAUUGAUUUUCGUCAUGUUUGAUUUUAUCCCUAUGUAUUCCUCAAGUUCCUAUGAUGUAAAUAAAUGAUCUUUACAUUUUAUAACCUUGAUGUAUAAAUGAAUUGUGAAUCUGUAUUUGGAUUUUAGUCCUAUAAGUAUACAUUUAUA